CUCCGCCAUUGUGUAGAGGCGGCUGUGAAGCAGACUGGCCACAGCGGAUGAGACCAUUUCCCUUUUCAGCCUCUCUUUUGAUUCGCAUGCACAGCGGACCUGACUGAUGCGCUUGCUGUGGGAGGCUGCUGAAGGAGCUAACACACCCGACCUGCUGGAUUCAGUUCAAUUGAUUCAGUCGCCCCGGUGAGUGACCAACUGUUCAGACACCAUGAAAGCCAGACUGCAGGUGACUGAUGGUUCAGGUCAGCUUUGCCGACGGGCGCAAUAGGACGGGCGUUUCAUUCAUUAAUUGAUUGAGUGCCGGUGAGGCAACGCAGGCAGCACCGCACAGUGACCGUCAGUAGGCGCAGACGCAGCGUAUGCAGUGCCCGUGGCAAUUGUCGCUCUGUUGUGUUUGCCUUUGCUUGUGUCGUUCAGGUACCUUUCUGCCGUUGCGAGGAGCUGAAGCAGCUGCUCGAGUCAACCGCAGGAUCAUCCAUCGCCGACUCGGUGAGUGAUGACCGACUCGCCGGCACACACGAACGGCGGGCCUGAAGGGUGACAAACGGAUGGUGUCUGCUGCCCUGGUGUGAUUUUGUCAGCUGACAGUGAACCACUUGUCGGAGCAGCAUCGGUGCGAUGUGGUGGAAUUAUUAUGACAAGAGUUAUGAGGACACCGGUACGCCGGACAAGGGAGAGGGUGCGAUGAAAUGCCCACAGACACCCACUCACUCUCUGUGUGCGUCGUGUGGCGGUUGUGUUAUGUUGUGCUGUGCUGCAGGCGUGGCUAUCGUCCUCUUGACGGCCGCUUCGGUUCAGGUGCCGGUGACGGCUGUGGGCGUCGACAAGAUUGAGGCUCGAUUCCCCCGGGGCACCAGCGAGGCCACCAAGCACCUGGCAGUGGGCGACAUCGGCCGCACCAUCGCCAGUCCACACGACGCGACCGCACUUAUUCGGCAGCAUGGAGCCGACCCCAAGAUCGUGCCUCGGCUGCGGCAGGGCAGCGGGGAGGAAGGCGGACUCAAGAGUAAUGGGUUCGCCUACUCGCUCCUGAAUCUCGCCAUCGACAACAAGUCGGACAACACCGUCGGAAGCAUCUCAGCAGAGGGGCUACCUGAUGGACUGCCGGACCAGCCCGUCGUCCUACCUCAGUGGCCCGACGGGCUGCAGGAAGGCAUCCUCACUGCACUCAUCGACGGCGGCGCUGACCCCACCGCACUCAAACCCCUUGAAGUGGCGAUCAGGUUUGCCAACGAGGCGGCCUUCGACCUGCUUAUGGCGCGUCACGACCGUCUGCACGACCAACCCGGAUCUCUGCACAACCAACCCGGAACUGACCUGCGUGGGUCGUUGAUGGGGCUGCCCGAGCCGCUGUCUCCGCUCGCCUCCGACCAACGCCCCCCGCCCACCCACUAUCUGAAGGUGCUCAUGUCGACGUAUCAGCGACUCAUCCAACGAGACCCCACCCUCGCCACCGAUGGCCUCCUCGUGCACAGAGCUGCCUUCUUUGCGGGGGGCCUCUAUCCCCAGUGGUUCAUGGACAGCUACCUGGACCUCAUCGCGCAGCACGGCGCCGAGAUGACGGGAUUUGACAGCGAUACAGGGACGCCGCUGUACGUGGCGGCAGAACACGGCUCUCCAGAGGUGGCCGACUACCUCUGCCGCAAGCUGCCCGCUGACCAGAUCGACAGACGGGGGAACCACCCUGCCUACACACCCCUCGGCAGGGCUGCAGCGGGGCUCGAUUUUCACACCUCCUGCGAGGUCAUGAAGAAGUAUUUUGGCGCCAAGAUUCCCAACUACAAGAUGACCAUCCGUGCGCUGCUGCGGGCCGGGGCCGACAUCAACAGCAUCCACAACCCCUAUGACAUACAGCAGCACCACCGUGAGCGCCGGCUUGUGCUGCUCGAGUAUGCCACGGUGCUCAAGGAGCUGCCGGGUGCCGUCAUGUCGGCGGUCAACAAUGCCCUCGCCCCCCAUCGCUCACUUGCGGCCCUCCUCAUACCCCGGCUGGCCGUCGGCCCCCACGAGGCGCCCAUCUUCGGCUGGCGCAUCGCAUCUUACCUCUUCGACAUGGCUGCCGCCCGGGAGGCCAUCAGUGAGGCCAUCGGUGUGCGCCACAGCGUCCUGGCCCGGCGUGUGCGUGCGGCCGUCGAGCACUUCGUCCGCUCGGCAGUGUUCAGGGCCAUCAGCAACAGGGAGGUGGUGGGCCGCAGGGAGAGUGUGGGCGGCGUGGUGGUGCGGGUGCCGCUGCAGUGCUUCGCCGUUGCCGAUGGGGCCGACAUCCGUCCGCCUCAUGUGGUGCACACGGCCGGCCGUCUGGGGCUGCGUGAGGUGGUGCACAAGGCGCGGCGGGACGAGGCGGCACUGCAUGGUGUGGAGGACGUGGCCAAGGGCUUCAACGAGCACCUGGGCGAUGACGACUGCCAGUUUGCGUGGUGGCAGCUGGGCUGGCGCAUCGAGGGCAGCAGUGGGGGGGAGUUUGUGUUGCUGGGGAUCAGCUGACUGUGAGAGCGGGAGGAAUUGAUGUGUCGACUCAUGUCCGACCCACAAGAGCGAAGACAGACAGUCGAUAGACAGCGCGGAGAGGCGGGGUGCAUGGUGGAUGGGCGAGACACAUUUAGCUGCAUGAAUGAAUGAAUGAAUGAAUG